UUCCGAUCAUAUUGUGCAACCUGGAGAAGAUAUUUCUCCUUCAUUUUUUGACGUCAUGGAGCAUCUAGUUGUCCACCUACCGUAUGAAGCAUUGCUUCGUGGACCUGUUCACAACGGAUGGAUGUAUCCGUAUGAGCGACAGAUGAAACAUUUGAAGGGGAAAGCAAGAAAUCUUGCAAAGGUAGAAGGUUCAAUAGUUGCAGGGAGUUUGACAGCCGAAACAUCUAACUUCACAUCAUACUACUUUGCUCCAACUGUUCGUACGAGAAAAAGAGUUCCUAAGAGAUAUGAUGAUGGUGGAGUACCGACAUCAUAUCCAAUUGAUGGUGUUCCUGACAUUUUCUGCGAAAUUGGACGGUUUGGUGGUAAAACGAAAGAAGUAUGGUGGUCAUGUGAAGAAGAUAAACAUAGUGCCCACACUUAUAUUCUGCUCAACUGCGAGGAUGCAAUGACCCGUUACUUUGAAAGGAUGUUUGUAUCUCAAGUUGAAGAAGCAAUACCAGGAAUAUCUGCAACUGAUGUGGAUACACGUAAAGAUAAGCACUUUGUCAAGUGGUUAAAAUCACAGGUUGAUUAUGACGAUCCUUAUUAUCCCGUAUGGUUUCACGAAUUGGUUCAAGGUCCAGUUGCAAAGGUCACCACAUCACCUAUGUAUUUCACACGAGGAUUUACCUUUCACACAUACGAGUAUGGGAGACAUCGGGCAACGAGUAACUACGGAAUAUGUGUGAAAGGUGAAACAGACUUUUACGGGAUAUUGCAGGAGAUUAUUGAAGUGGAAUUUUCGGGGUUAUUGAAGCUAAAAUGCGUCCUCUUCAAAUGUGAAUGGUUCGAUCCUGUUGUGAACCGAGGGAUUCGGUAUAACAAAUUUGGUGUUGUGGAUGUCAAUUUUGGGAGAAGAUACAACAAAUUUGAGCCUUUCAUUUUAGCUUCACAAGCCGAGCAAGUUAGCUUCCUUCCUUAUCCUCGGCUUCGAACUUCCGGGAUAAACUGGGUAACUGCUAUCAAAGUUACACCUCGUGGACGCAUUGUCGUUGGAGAAGAACCGCCCUUGCAAGAAGAAGACGCUAUCACUGAAGUUGAGGUACCAGAACAACCAACUGAUGAAAUCCUUUUGAUCGACCCGCAAAACUUUCAAUAUGAAGAUAUUCCCGAAGAUGCGACAGAUGAAGCACGUGAAGACGAGUUCGAGAGAAGCGACGAUGAUGAUUGUAAUGAUAGUGAUGAGAACGAAAACGAUUUAGAGUGAUGUAAUAGUGAUGAGAACGAAAACGAUUUAGAGUGAUGUAAUAUAUGUAUCAAAUGUU